AUGGCGAGGCAGAACUUUGUUGGAUUGGUCAUUUCGCAGGGGCGGAUGAACAAGACGGUGAAAGUGAGGGUUCAGGGAAGAGUAUACGACAGGAGGGUAGAUAAGGAGAUUGUACGUCGUAAAGACUUUUUAUGUCACGAUGAAGGAAAUAUUUGCAAAGAAGGUGACUUUGUACGAAUUGAGGGUAUUCCCAAAGUUUCUAAGCGCAAGGCUUUUGCUAUAGCAGAAAUUAAGGUCAAUAAAGGUCAGCAAUUUGCCGAGUAUGAGAAAUUGGCAAAAGAGAAAAUCAUCGAGGAAGAUCGAAAAGAAGCUCAAAAGUUUCUCGACAAUAAAAAACAGUUUCAAAAUAUUAUUACACAAUUGCAAGACUUGAAGAGAUUAGAUGAGUUGAGCCAUAAAAUUACCAGUUUCGAAGAUGUGGAAGGUCAGGAAUCAGAAUACAAGUCUCUAGUGGACGAAGUGAAUUUGAUCAAAGCAAAAUAUGAAAUUAAAUCCUGGCCGUCAGUCGAUCCAAUACUAGAGAGUGAAUUAACAAAGCCCUUGUAUCAUACAGAAAGUGAGAAAAGGGUUUAUUACAUGGACCACAUUUUAAACGAAUUGAUGCACAACUCCAAGUAUCUGGCUUUAAAAACAGAAGUCUUGCUGAAAAAAUUUCAAGAUAGGCCAUUGGACGAUGUCAAGAAACACAUUCAAAAAAAUGUCUUGAGGCAGUUUGUUUUAAAGGAGGAAAAAUGUCCUGUGCCAUAUCCAAAAGAAGAUUUUAUUUAA